CUUACCUUUGAACACCCCCAUAAAACUCAGUAUGCACCGUUCUGCGAAUUUUGCGGGAGGUAUAGUAAAAAAGAGGAAGAUUGUUUACAUUGGGCCGAUAGGAUCCGGUCCAUAAACGAAAAUCGAAAUUACUUAUGUGGCAUCUUGCAAUUUCAAGCGUUGACAGGAGUAGGUUUUCGCUUCUCCGUGCACAGCCAGAACCCACCGCGUCGCGGAGAGAGACGUCGCAAUGGGGAGGAGGCCUGCAAGGUGUUAUAGGCAGAUAAAAAACAAACCAUACCCCAAAUCACGCUUCUGUCGUGGUGUUCCUGAUCCUAAGAUCAGAAUUUACGAUGUUGGUAUGAAGAAGAAAGGUGUUGAUGAAUUUCCCUUCUGCGUCCAUUUGGUUAGCUGGGAAAAGGAAAAUGUUUCAAGUGAAGCAUUGGAAGCUGCUAGAAUUGCAUGCAACAAAUAUAUGGCAAAGUUUGCAGGCAAGGAUGCUUUCCACUUGAGAGUCAGAGUACACCCAUUCCAUGUUCUUAGGAUCAACAAAAUGCUUUCAUGUGCUGGAGCUGAUAGGCUUCAGACUGGAAUGCGAGGUGCAUUUGGAAAGCCACAGGGUACAUGUGCUAGAGUGGCAAUUGGCCAGGUCCUUCUUUCAGUCCGCUGUAAGGACAGUAACAGUCAUCAUGCACAGGAGGCCCUUCGUCGUGCUAAGUUCAAGUUCCCUGGUCGUCAAAAGAUCAUUGUUAGCAGGAAGUGGGGUUUCACCAAGUUUAGCCGUUCUGAUUAUCUCAAGUACAAGUCAGAGAACAGGAUUGUGCCUGAUGGUGUGAAUGCUAAGCUUCUUGGGUGCCAUGGACCACUGGCAAAUCGUCAACCUGGAAGAGCUUUUCUGACUAGUGCUACUGCUUAAAUGGCUGUUACUUGGCAAAAGUGGGCUUUGGCUAAUAGUUGUGUUCGACUCAAUUCAAGUUUCUCAUUUAUUGUACCCGUAGUAUUAAACUAUAUUGAGUUUAUCUCAUCUUUUACAAACCAUCAUGAAUGGAAUGAGUGGUAUUUUUUGUUCGGA